CACCUUCUCUGCUCAAGUCACCACUAGCAUCAAACCAUGGUUUGCUUGCAUCAUUUUCCCAGCUACCUUCUCCUGGUCAUCGUCAUCCUCGCUACCAGCGGGGGUGGAUGCCACCAAGAUCAAAGUGCUGCCCUGCUACGCCUCAGAGCUAGCUUCCGCUUCCCGGAUACAGACUCAAAUUAUCCGAGGUUUUCAUUCUACAGAACUCUUUUGCCGUGGAAGGUAGAUACCAGCUGCUGCACCUGGGAUGGUGUAACAUGCGACGGCACGUCGGGCCAUGUCACUGCUCUCGACCUGUCCAGUCUCUGCAUCUCGGGUAAUCUCAGCUCAUCAGACAUCUUUGAACUUACCUCCCUUCGCUCCCUUAGCCUUGCUUUCAACAACUUUGAUGCAAAUCCAUGGCCAAACCGCGGAUUUGAGCAGCUCACAGAACUCAAGUACCUUGACCUCUCGUAUUCUGGUUUGUCUGGUGCUUUGCCCGUCGAGAACGGACAACUUUCCAAUUUGGUUGCUCUAAACCUCUCUGGUCUUGACCUUAAAAAUUUGAGCCUCCAUACCUUGAUUGACAGCCUUGGCAAUCUCCAGAAACUACAUCUUGAAGAGGUAAACAUUUCGGCCAGUCCCACCGAUUUGGCACAUGCCUCUUCUACAAAUACAACGUCAGGUCUCAAAGAGCUAAUCAUGGGGUGGUGCACGAUCACCGGUGGCCGUUUUGAUACUGAUCUUGCUAAUCUCUUAUUUCAUUCCAAGUUUGCCAAUUUAGUCACGCUAUACCUCUCAGGCUUUGAUCUUAAAAUUUUGAGCCUUCAUACCUUAAUUAACAGCCUUGGCAAUCUCCAGAAACUACAGCUUAUAGAGAUGAUCAUUUCGGCCAGUCCCACCGAUUUGGCACAUGCCUCUUCUACCAAUACAGCAUCAGGUCUCAAAGAGCUGACCAUGCGUGGGUGCACGAUCACUAGCGGCCGUUUAGAUACUGUUCUUACUAAGCUCCCAUUUCUUUCCACGCUGAUCCUUGAUGGCACAAAUAUCAGUGGCCCUACUCCUGUGCCACAACAUUUUGCAGAUUUCUCAUCGCUGGCAGUUCUUAUUCUUUGCAGUUGUGGGUUGACAGGGACCUUCCCAUCUUGGAUAUUUCGUAUUAAAAGCUUAAUGUAUCUGGAUGUAUCGGGAAAUGAGAAUCUAUGUGUAGAGUCGCCAGAGUUCAUACAAGGUAGCGCUUUGCAGGUUUUGAGGCUCAGUGGAAUCAAGUUUUCAGGAAAAAUACCAGAGUCUAUCGGCAACCUCCGAAAUCUAACUGAAUUGGACCUAUCUAAUUGCCUGCUCUAUGGUCCCAUCCCGUCCUUUUCUCAGUGGCCAAUGAUUUCGAGGGUUGACUUGUCAGGUAACAACCUAACUGGUUCAUUACCUUCAGAUGGCUACCUUUCUCUACACAACCUAACCGGAAUUACUCUUAGUAAGAACUCGAUAAGUGGUGCGAUACCUGCAUCUCUGUUUUCUCACCCUUCUUUGAAGUAUCUAGAUCUCUCGCAAAACAAUUUCAUAGGAAAUUUUCUAUUGUAUCCCAAUAUAUCUUCUAGUUUGACAAAGAUCGAUGUUAGUUUAAACAAACUAGAAGGACCUCUCCCAAAACUGUUGUCAAAAUUUGUAGGACUAGAAUGGCUCGAUCUUUCAUCAAAUAAUCUCACUGGAACUGUGGACCUAAGCUUCAUAAAAAAUUACAAGAUGCUCUCCUAUCUAUCAUUAUCUUAUAAUAAGUUGUCUGUUGUAGUUGAAGAUGGUAAUCACUCCUACGCAGAAUAUCCAAAUUUUUGGGACCAUUUGGGGUUGGCAUCAUGUAACCUAUCAUAUGUACCUAAAUUCUUGAUGCACCAGAGCAGCAUUUUUUAUUUAGACCUCUCAAGCAACAAUAUUGGUGGGCACAUACCUGAUUGGAUAUGGGGAAUUGGAUAUUUUGCUCUUAACCUCUCUCAUAAUUCAUUUACCAGCAUUAAUACAAAUCUAUCGAAUACAUCAAUUUGUGAUUUUGAUCUCCAUUCCAACAAGAUUGAGGGGGCUCUCCCACUACCCCCAUGGGGAAUAGAGCGAGUGGACUACUCCAAUAACCAUUUCAAUUCUUCUAUCAUGCCUGAGUUUUGGUCACGCAUUAGCUCUGCUACAUCCCUGUCAUUGGCAAACAACAGCCUUAUUGGAGAAGUUUCCCAUUUGAUCUGCAGUGCAACUUAUAUUGAAGUUCUAGACUUUUCUUUUAACAGCUUCAGUGGAUUAAUACCACCCUGUUUGUUGAAACGCAAAGAGCGUCUUAAGAUACUGAAUCUAAGAGGUAACAAUUUCCAUGGACCCUUGCCUCAAGACAUCAUCAAUAAAUGUGCCCUUCAAAUAAUAGAUCUCAACGGUAACAAGUUGGAAGGAAAAUUGCCGGUGUCUAUGAUCAACUGUCAAAUGCUACAAGUCCUGGACCUCGGUAACAACAUGAUAGUGGAUACGUAUCCAGAGUGGCUAGGAGUUCUGCCUUUGUUGAAAGUGCUUGUUCUGAAGUCAAACAGGUUUCAUGGUCCCAUUGAUUACGAGAUGAACAAACAGACGCAUCCUUUCUUUCCAGAGCUGCAGGUUCUGGACCUUUCUUCAAAUUCUUUUAACGGUAGCAUACCUACACGGUUCCUCAAGCAGUUCAAGGCUAUGAUGGUGAUUUCUCCAGGAGCUCCCAACAUGGAAUCGGUCACGGUCUCCCUCAAGGGGCAAGAAACAACACUGGUACAGAUACUUUCAGUCUUCAUGUACAUCGAUCUCUCCAACAACAAUUUCAUGGGUGUCAUCCCCAACGUGAUCGGCGACCUGAAGUUUCUCAAGCAGCUCAACCUGUCCAGGAACUCCUUCACCGGCGAGAUCCCUCCCAGGAUCGCGUACAUGCUGCAGCUGGAGUCACUUGACCUCUCCUACAACCAGCUCUCCGGGGAGAUCCCACCCGCAAUGGCGGCGAUGUCAUUCCUCGAGGUGCUCAACCUCUCCUACAACCACCUGUCAGGGAUGAUACCGCAGUCCAGCCAGUUCUUGACGUUCCCAAACACCUCAUUUCUGGGGAACGACAGGCUGUGUGGGAAGCCGCUGGCACGGCUGUGUGAGACGAACCACGCACCGUCAGCUGCUGCUACACCGGGCUCUUCAAAAGAGCUGAACUGGGAAUUUUUGUCAGUUGAGGUAGGGGUCGUUUCGGGUUUGGCCAUUGUGGCUGCGACCAUGCUGCUGUGGGGUAACGGGAGGGGCUGGGUGUACUGGCAUGUCGACAAGUUUUGGCUGCAGGUUGUGCAGCCAUGGAUCUGUCGCCGUCGACACUGAAAAUAGAUUUCAUGUAUGUUAGUACGUGUAUGGCUCAGUGAUGUGUGCAAGAAUAUGAGCGAGACUAGGCCGUGCUUUCGCUGGA